GUGGUGUGCUCCCGCUCGCUUUCUCGCUACCUUCCUCAGCUGGGCCGAGAGCAUUAGCGGAGCCGCCCUUUUCUAUUUAUAAUUCUCUCCUCCUCGCCCCUACAAGAAUCGAGAGCCGGGAUAAAGUCAAUCAUCAGCUCAGCCUCAGCCUCAUCCCGUUGCGCGUGCGUGCGUGCGUGUUGCCUCGCUCCUGUGAUUGGGUUUUGAGAGUUUCUUGGCUGUGCUUGAGAAUGGACGGCGCUCCGGUGGCCGAGUUCCGGCCGACGAUGACGCACGGCGGCCGCUUCCUCCUCUACAACAUAUUCGGCAACCAGUUCGAGAUCACGGCCAAGUACCAGCCGCCGAUCAUGCCCAUCGGCCGCGGCGCCUACGGGAUCGUCUGCUCGGUGAUGAACUUCGAGACGAGGGAGAUGGUGGCAAUCAAGAAGAUCGCCAACGCCUUCGACAACAACAUGGACGCCAAGCGCACGCUCCGGGAGAUCAAGCUCCUCAGGCACCUCGACCACGAGAACAUAGUAGGCCUCCGAGAUGUGAUCCCGCCGGCGAUCCCGCAGUCCUUCAACGACGUCUACAUCGCCACUGAGCUCAUGGACACGGACCUCCACCACAUCAUCCGCUCCAACCAAGAACUCUCGGAAGAACACUGCCAGUACUUCCUGUACCAGCUGCUGCGCGGCCUCAAGUACAUCCACUCGGCGAACGUGAUCCACCGCGACCUCAAGCCGAGCAACCUGCUGCUGAACGCCAACUGUGACCUCAAGAUCUGCGACUUCGGCCUGGCGCGGCCGUCAUCGGAGAGCGACAUGAUGACGGAGUACGUGGUCACGCGGUGGUACCGGGCCCCGGAGCUGCUGCUCAACUCCACCGACUACUCCGCGGCCAUCGACGUCUGGUCCGUCGGCUGCAUCUUCAUGGAGCUCAUCAACCGCGCGCCGCUCUUCCCGGGGAGGGACCACAUGCACCAGAUGCGGCUCAUCACGGAGGUGAUCGGCACCCCCACCGACGACGACCUGGGAUUCAUCCGGAACGAGGACGCCAGGAGGUACAUGAGGCACCUGCCGCAGUUCCCUCGCCGGUCCUUCCCGGGCCAGUUCCCCAAGGUGCAGCCCGCCGCGCUGGACCUCAUCGAGAGGAUGCUCACCUUUAACCCGCUGCAGAGGAUCACAGGUGCGUUGCGUCCCACGUCCGCGUCACUCUGCUUUGAUCUUCACGUGUGAAUUUCGUAGCGCCGCACCGCACUGCACGCAAUGCUGCUGCUGUUAGAGCGCCGUGCUUUGUUGACUGGCUUUGUACGGCCAGCGUUGGGGUCAGUGUCAGUGCUAAAAACAUCUUUGUGCUGGGUAUAAGUAGGAGUAGAUGCAAUCUGCAGCCACUUCGGCCCGUAUAUUUAAGUUUACUGCAUGUGGACAUGUGCUCCCUUUUUAGACAAAAACCAUGUGUGCU